AUGUCGCUUGAUAUAAUAAUGAGAUCACCUAGCACUAGCUCGUUUGGAUUUGGAUCCUGGAACGCCUUCGAAUCCCUUGUAUCCUCGUGGAGACAGGGCUGUGUCGGUCGGUCGGUCGGUCGCCCGGCCGGGCCUACUACCACGGGCACCACCACCAUCACAACCAGGCGUGAAUACUCUCAUUCUCACUGGCUUCCGACUGGUAAGCGAGAGAGGGCCCGGCUCAGUGCUAGCCCGCUCGAGAAAGGCUGGGGAGCUGGGAAAUGA